AUGUCGUUGAAGCAGAUUGUUGGAAAUAAGCUUCUAAAUGAAGUGAUCCGCCCGUUGAAGAAACCAGAAGGAAAGGGUUGGAAUGCUUUGGUUGUUGAUCGGUUAUCUAUGCGUAUGCUAUCCGCAUGUUGUAAAAUGCAUAACAUUAUGGAAGAUGGAAUAACCAUAGUGGAAGAUCUGGCAAAGCGAAGGGAACCGUUGCCCAGUUUGGAAGCGAUCUACCUGAUUGCACCAACAAAGGAAUCGAUUGAUCGCCUAAUUGCCGACUACACGGUUCGUAAUCAGUACAAAUGUGCCCAUGUCUUUUUCACCGAAGCGUGCCCAGAUACAUUGUUCUCGGAGCUUUCUCGAAGUGCAGCGGCUCGUCAUAUCAAAACGCUGAAAGAAAUUAACAUUGCAUUUACUCCAUACGAAAGUCAGGUCUACACUUUGGACUCACCUGACACGUAUUUUCUUUACUACAACGCACAAAAACAAGGUGGACUAACAUCUAACCUCGAACGUAUAGCUGAACAAAUCGCCACCGUUUGCGCCACUUUGGGAGAAUACCCCUCGCUACGUUAUCGUGCGGAUUUCGAGAGAAAUGUCGAGCUUGGGCAUUUGGUUGAACAAAAAUUAGAUGCAUACAAAGCGGAUGAUCCGACUAUGGGCGAAGGAGCUGACAAAGCUCGCAGUCAGCUGCUAAUCAUAGAUCGUGGAUUUGAUGCUGUCACUCCGCUGCUACAUGAAUUGACCCUGCAAGCAAUGUGUUAUGAUUUGCUUGGUAUUGAAAAUGAUGUGUAUCGCUAUGAAACAGGCGGCAAUGAUAGCGUCGAGAAAGAGGUGCUUCUCGACGAGAACGAUGAUUUGUGGGUUGACACUCGUCAUAAGCAUAUUGCUGUUGUUUCCCAAGAGGUCACGAAAGGUUUGAAGAAAUUCAGCGACACAAAAGCGGGUUUCAAAGCAGAUGCAAAAUCUAUAAAAGAUCUAUCCAUGAUGAUCAAAAAGAUGCCUCAACAUCAAAAGGAACUAAAUAAGUUUAGCACCCAUUUUCACUUGGCAGAGGAAUGUAUGCGCCAGUACCAAAGUGGUGUUGACAAACUCUGCAAAGUCGAGCAGGACCUUGCAACACAAAUUGAUGCCGAAGGCGAACGAGUUAGGGAUCCAAUGAAGCUAAUGGUACCAUUAUUGAUCGACCCCGUCGUAAAGACGGAGGACCGGUUGAGGCUCAUUCUCCUGUAUAUUCUCAGCAAGAACGGAAUCACCGACGAGAACCUCAAUAAGCUUCUUCAACACGCUAAUAUUGCGAUGGCUGAGAAGGAAACGAUCACGAAUGCAGCUCUCCUGGGACUGAACAUUACCACCGAUCAAGGGCGCAAGAAAGUCUGGACACCAGCAAGGAAAGAGCGACCGAACGAACAGGUUUAUCAAUCUUCACGUUGGGUUCCGGUGUUGAAGGAUAUCAUGGAAGAUGCCAUAGAUGACAAACUUGACACAAAACAUUUCCCAUUCUUAGCUGGUCGCCAGAUCAACCAACCCUUCAGAGCUCCAACAUCUGCCCGUUAUGGUCAGUGGCACAAAGAACGUGGACAGCAAGCUCAAUAUCGUAGUGGUCCACGUUUAAUCGUCUUCGUCAUUGGUGGCCUAACGUAUUCAGAGAUGCGAGCAGCAUAUGAAGUAACACAAGCAAAGAAACCAUGGGAAGUGAUUAUAGGUUCUGAUCAAAUCAUCACCCCAGAAAAGUUCCUAACAAACCUCCGUGACCUCAACAAACCACGCGAACAAUGA